CAGCACUCACACCACGACCGUUUCCAGGCACUGUUAUGUGGCCGCCAUUACAUCUUAACCCUGAAUGUGUCUCUCAUGGAAGUACAGUAAAAAGCUGAUCAACUUAAGAACAGAAGUUUGGAUUCGUUUCGAAAAAUCGUUGAAUAAAUAACAGAUCGAUAUUUACAUGAUCUUUUGAAGAGAGAAACUAAUCUCCCCGUCUGUUUCAACAGUAUACGAGUGGAUUCAUUACGAGUUGGACGGCAUAACCUCACCUCCAGAUAAAAAAACAUCAAGGAACAUUUUGGAGAAGUUGGCAUUCAGUAAGGAUCGGGAAUAAUGGAAUCGGAUAGUCAAAAAAACUGUAUAAAAGCCAUAACAGAAAUCUUUAAUGUUGUUCUGCAGAGCCCGGCUGAAAAUGCAAGUACUUCAACUCAGGGCAAAAAGCAAUCGAAACUGAAAGCACGAAACAUCGCCUCCGUCCCUGGAAAUAAAGUGACGGAGAUUCUCAAAUCAUCAGACAGUUCAGAGGAAAAAUUAUCAGCAGUUUGCAAUAAAUACAGUGAGAUGCUCCGUGAACAUCGUAACCUGGUGAUGGCUUUGAAGAUAGCCGAAGGUAGAAUUCUUAAAAUGCAGCAGGAGAAUGAACAAUGUCAACACCAGCGCUCGAAAGCAGUUCUUGCACGAGCAAGAUUGGAAAGUUUAUGUCGUGAGUUGCAGAAACUGAAUAAAGCUCAAAAGGAGGAAAUUGAUUUGAAACUGCGCCUCGAAGAGGAGAAACGAAGGGAGAUCUCUGCUACUUUACAGAGUGCAUUUGUGGAGAUGAGUACACUUGGUAAUCAAUACAGUGAGAAUAGUACAAAACUGAAAGAUGAAAAUCUGGAGAUGAGAGAAAAAUUUAAAUAUGUGAGAGAGAGAAUUGAAUGGAAUGAACAGGAGUUGGAAAAAGUCAAACAACAAACGCAACUUGAGUUACAGUUGUCCGAAGCGAAAAUGGCGAAGGUCAAAAUGGAAAUGACAGCAGAGAAAGAGAUAUUGCUGAAAGAGAAACAGCAGUUAUUGCUGAAGUUAACCGAGUAUCAGGUAACAAUACAAGAGCUGCAGGCUACUGAGGUGGGCUUGCGAAGUCAGAUAAGCAUGUAUACCGAGAAGUACGAUGACUUCCAGAAUGCACUCACAAAGAGUAAUGAAGUUUUCAGUGGCUUCAAUGGAGAGAUGGAAAAGAUGUCCAAAAAAAUCUUGAAAUUGGAAAAGGAAACGAGUCUGUGGAAACAACGUUGGGAAAAUAGUCACGCAGCUCUCCUGGAUAUGGCAGCUGAGAAGCAGACUCGUGACGGAGAGAUGUCAAAACUCACUCACAAGCUCUCACUGCUCCAGGAACUGUGCAAAGCCUUUCAGAAAGAGCGAACAGAGCUCCUGUCUCAGUUGCGUGCCCACGCGAAUUCAUCCGACGAUCCUACUAAAACAAAUAAAAUAGACAUUCAACAGGUCGAGGAUCUAUCGAAAGACUGUCAAGAUUUGAGAGAAAAUCUGGUACAAUUGCAAGGCUCCCUCGCAGAAGUUAUUUUCGAGAGUGAAAAUGAGCAAAAAAAUGUAGAAUCUCAAGUUGAAGUUGAGAAUAAUUUGGAGACUGAAACUCCUGUAACGAAUAAUGCUCCCUCAACUGAUAGCAAUGAUGAACAAAAAAUUGCUGACAAAUUAUCCCAAAUUGAGGUUAGUGAUAGUGGACCUGAAGAGACAAAAGAGAAAAGCAAUUCGGCAGAGCAUUCUCAGAACGAUAAUCAAUCAACAAGCAUGAUUACUGAAAUAACUUCAAAUUCACAAACUGUGACAGAGAAAACCACAGAAGAAGCGACGAUUACUGAAGAUUCACAGAGUCCUAAUAAAUCUGACAGUGACAAUCCUUCUUGUCCGGAAAAAAAUGUCCCACUUUCAGAAACACCAGUUGAAGUGUCAUCUUCCACUUCGCAUUCGACUGACGAAGUACAGAAAACUCAUUCUAAGGGUUCUGCAGCCUCUGAGGAAGCCCAGAAGACUAAUAAUUCACAAAAAAAAUCAAAGGAGGGGAAGAAAAAAAAAGGUAGAUAAUAAGGUUUCCAAUGGUAUUGUCAUGUAUAUUUAAGAUGUUCGUUCGUAUUACCUGUAUUGAGACUGUCAAUACAGAUGCUUUCCGCGAGAUAGACAUUUCAAGGGACUCAUCGAUCCACCUAUUUAUCAGUCAAUCAGUCGCAAAUUACGGUAAUGUUUGUACGAGAAAAUGUGGAAUGGUGAUUAUUAUACGUAGCAUUUUAUGAUCAUAGAUGAUAAUCAUUUUCAUGAAGAUGAUGAACGGCGUCGUGAAAAUUUAAAGGUUUAAUUGAGUUUGUAAAAUUGUAGAUUGAUUUAAUACCACUUGAUUGUACGUUAAUAAAGCAGUGGAAAAAUUUUAUCAGGACAA